AUGGAGAGGGAACGGCAAACCAGCCAGAUAAGUGAUGAGGAGGAGGAUGACGAGUAUAGCCGAAAGAAAAAGAAGAAGAAGAAAAAGAAGAAAGGUAAAAAGUCCAAGAGCAAAGACAAGAAGAAAAGCAAAAAGGGUGAGGAGAAUUUUGCCGAGAUGUAUCAACAGGAACUUCUGGGUUAUCAAUCUGAAUCUUCCCAUGAACCUGAAGAUGAGUACAACAAGAAGAAAGAUAACAGGAAGGAGAGCCAGUGCAGGAGUUUGAGGCCUCAGGGCGCAGACGCGACGCCGUCAAGACACAGCCUGGCUCAGUGGCAGCUGGUGUCCAUUGGGAUUGUCUACGAAGUCGUGACAGUGACAGGAGAUGUCCGAGGAGCAGGGACCGAUGCCAAUGUGUUCGUUACCCUCUUUGGGGAAUUCGGCAUCACGCCAAAGGCCCAUCUGACCAGCAAGAGCUGCUCUGCCUUCGAAAGGAGUAAAACAGAUGUCUUUCGAGUGAGAACCAACAACGUUGGAACGAUAAAGAAGAUAAGAAUUGAGCAUGACAACACAUCAAUAAACCCAGGCUGGUUUCUGGAUCGUGUGAUAGUGACGGACAUGAACAGGCCCCACCUCCGCUUUUAUUUCCCAUGCAACAAUUGGCUGAGUAAGGAUGAUGGCGAUGGUCUUAACGUCAGAGAUCUGAUUGGCAGCCUCAACCCCAUGGAUGUUCCCAAAGUGAACAAGUACGUGGUGAGAGUGUUUACAAGCGACAUAAACGGCAGUGGGACGGAUGCUGACGUUUUCAUUAACAUCUUUGGCCAGAAUGGAGACACAGGAGAGCGGUUGCUGGACAAUGACAAUGACAAUUUUGAGAAAGCUGCAGAAGACAAGUUCACACUUGAUGCACCCAAUCUGGGAAGGCUAAGGAAAAUCACCAUAGGCCACAAUAACAAGGGUGGUUCAGCCGGAUGGCACAUGGCCAAGGUGAUGAUCGAAGACAUUGGCAACAAGUGCACGUACGAAUUCCCAUGCAACCGUUGGUUUGCGCUGGACGAAGACGACGGCAAAAUUCAGCGGGAUAUUUUAGUGGGAGGAGCGGAAGCGACAGGUAUGGUUUAUAAUGUCGCUGUAAUGACCGGGGACAUCAGAGGGGCCGGCACCAACUCCAAGAUCCACAUUGUCAUGCAUGGCUCCAAAGGGCUGAAAAACAGCGGAAAGGUUUUCCUGGAGGGCGGCGAAUUCGAGCGUGCCAGGACGGAUCUCUUUAACGUGGAGAUCGCCGCUCUGCUUAGUCCCUUGAGUCGCGUCUCAAUCGGACAUGCCAACGCUGGCGUCAGCGCCGGCUGGUAUUGCGAGAAGGUGGUGGUGUACUGCCCAUUUACUGGUAUUGAACAGACCUUCCCCUGCGCGAAGUGGCUGGAUGAGGACGAAGGCGAUGGGCUGGUUGAACGGGAGCUCUAUGAAAUGGUCUCGCUUCGUCAGAAGAGACUGAAAAAAAAUCCUUGGUCACUGUGGAUAUGGACGACUGACAUGAAGGGCGCAGGGACGGACGCCCCCAUCUUCCUCCAGAUUUAUGGUCGCAAAGGAAAGUCCGACGAAAUGAAGCUGGACAAUAACUCUGAUAACUUUGAAGCUGGACAAAUUGACAAAUUCAUGAUUGAGCUCCCAGACCUGGGUGCCAUCUACAAGAUCCGGAUCGGGCAUGAGAAGAAGAACCCAUUUGCUGGCUGGCAUCUGCACAAGGUGACUCUUUUGAAAACCCUGACCAAAGAGAAGUACACGUUCAACUGCGGCCGGUGGCUGGAUGUCAACGAGGACGACAACGAGAUUGUGCGGGAGCUCACGGCUGAAGGCCGCUUUGUCACUGAAGUGGAGCCAGUGAUAAAGUACCGGGUGACCGUGUACACUGGGACAGUGAGUGGAAGCGGAACAGACGCCCGCGUUUUUGCUUGUCUCAUUGGGGAUCAGGGAGACACAGGGGACCGCAUGCUGGUGAACAGUGUGAACAGUACCAACAAAUUUGAGAAGGCCAGUGUUGACGAGUUCAUCAUUGAAGCGGUCAGCGUCAAGCAGGUGAGAAGGGUGAGGAUAGGGCAUGAUGGCAAAGGAGGAAGCAGCGGCUGGUACCUUGGCAAAGUGAUAGUGAGGGAAGAUGGACAGCCAGAGAGUGAGGCUCAAGAAUUCCCCUGCUACAGAUGGCUUGACAAAAAUGAGGACGAUGGCCAGAUUAUUCGGGAGCUAGUUCCAGACGGGAGAUCGUUUAUCCUGGAAAAUGUUGGUUACCACAUCAGCAUAAAGACGGGAGCUGUCCCGGGAGCCAGCUCAGACUCCAAGGUUUUGAUCAAGCUGUAUGGCGAAAAAGCGGACACAAAAAAGGAGGUUCUCUUGGUUUCGGAUAAUGAUUUAGACGAUAACUUUGAACGUGGCCGGAUAGAUAUCUUUACUCUGGAUACAAUGGACAUCGGGAAGAUCCAACGGCUUCUCAUUGGGCACGACAACGUGGGGCUCCAAGCCGGCUGGCACCUGGCGAGUGUCGAGAUCAGCGUCCCGGUCCAUGGCAAGCUGUACAACUUCCCUUGCAACCGGUGGCUUGAUACAAACGAAGCUGAUGGGAAGGUCGAGAUCGAGGUCUACCCCAGCGAGAUCAUGGAAAUUGAGAAACUGGUAAAUUAUGAGGUGAACGUCGAGACCGGUGACGUGCGCAACGCAGGCACCAACGCCAACAUCUUUAUGCAGAUCUAUGGUGAACUGGGCAAAACAGAGGUGCUGAUUCUGCAGAACAGGUCGAACAACUAUGAGAGAGGAGCAUCCGAAACCUUCAAGAUUGAAGCUUUAGAAGUUGGCAAGGUCUACAAGAUCCGCAUUGGCCAUGACGGCAAAGGCAUCGGGGACGGCUGGUUCUUAGUCAGCGUCACAGUGAAGAAGUUGCCUGCAAAGCUGGAAAAGAAGAAAAAGAAGAAGAAAAAGAAGAAAUCUGCGGAAGAGGAGGAAGAGGAGGACCCUAACAAGCCAGAUGUCAUGGAGGUUUAUAAUUUUACACCCAACCGAUGGCUGGCGAGCGAUGAAGAGGACAAAGAACUGGUUGUGGAGCUGAUACCGGAGGAUGGAUCUGAACUCGAAGCAAACACCUACGAAGUCCACGUCCUCACUGGGUCUGUGUGGGGAGCUGGAACCGAUGCUAAAGUUUACUUGAGCAUUUAUGGUGAAAGGGGAGACACCGGAGAGCGACACUUGAAGCACUCGAAUCAGCUAAACAAAUUUGAGAAGAGCCAGGUGGAUGUAUUCAAUGUCCAAGCCAUCGACCUGAGGGAGCUAAAGAAGGUGCGGAUCCGACAAGACAACUCUGGAAGCAAUCCAGCUUGGUUCCUGGACAGAAUAGAGAUUAUUGACACCAAAGAGGAUAUCACUUACUAUUUUCCAUGCCAGAGGUGGUUAGCUGUGGAAGAAGAUGACGGUCAGAUUGCCAGAGAGCUGGUCCCAGUGGAUGAAGCAUUUGUGAAGAAGGACUCAGGCAGCGGCGGCUCCCUUGCGACCCUUGGCUUGGAACAGAAAGCUAAAUCAACUACAUUCACGGUGACUGUGAGAACCGGGGACAAGAAACAUGGUGGAACAGAUGCCAACGUCUUCAUUGUUCUUUAUGGAACCAAAGAUGACACAGGGACAAUCUACUUGAAGGCCUCCAAGACAAACAAGAACAAAUUUGAGCGAGGCAAGUCCGACGUGUUCACGGUGGAGUGCGUGGACCUUGGGGACCUGAAGAAAAUCAAGAUUGGCCAUGAUGAUUCAGGAAAGGCUCAAGGUUGGUUUCUGGAGUGGGUAGAAGUGGAUGCCCCAUGCCUGGGCUUGUGCCAGAAGUUUCCUUGCGGCCGUUGGCUGGAUAGAUCGGAAGACGACGGAGCUAUUGAAAGGGUCUUGUUUCCUGCAGAGCUGCAGGCAAGGACGUACGUCCCAUUUGUUCCCUACGAGAUCACUGUGUACACAAGUAACAUUUUUGGAGCUGGCACUGAUGCUGAUGUCUUUAUUGUUCUGUAUGGAGCUGAUGGGGUUUGCACCCAACAGAAAUCCUUGUGCCAAAACAAGAGAGAGAGAAGGAUGUUCUUCGAGAGGAACGCAGUGAAUCAGUUCAUUGUGGAGCUUGAGGACAUUGGAGACAUACUUGAAAAGAUUCGCAUCGGGCAUGAUGGUUCGGGGAUCAAUCCUGGUUGGCAUCUUAAUGGAGUGCAGAUACGCAGACUUCUGACCAACGGAAAGGGUUCUGAGAAAACCACGUUUCCGUGUGGGAAGUGGCUGGCAAAUUCUGAAGAGGAUGGGGAGAUCAUGAGGGAGCUGGUCCCAUCCAAAGUGUUCACUGAAAAGCUCACAAAAGAUGGGACGCUCAAGCAGAUUGAUGAACCCAUUGAAGACCCACUGGAAAUUCAUACAUACAAGAUUACUGUAUGCACCGGUGAUAUUUAUGGUGCCGGGACUGAUGCCAAUGUGUUUAUAACCAUAUACGGAGACCUGGGAGAUACAGGGGAGAGACAACUCAGCAAGUCUGAAAACUUCAACAAGUUUGAAAGAGGACAGGAAGAUACAUUUGAAAUGCAAUUUGUGGACCUUGGCAUUAUCUAUAAAAUCAAGAUCCGUCAUGACAACACCAUGCUGAGGCCGGAUUGGUUCCUGGAGUUCGUCGAGAUCCAGGACGACACCACAGACGAAUUGUAUCUGUUUCUGUGUGAACGCUGGCUGUCGAGGAAGAAGGAGGACAAAAAUAUUGAGCGGAUACUUUUCGAAAAAAGCUAUGAUCGUGACCAGAAUAGCAUUGGUGACUCAUCCUUGAGCCGGGACAGCAAUGCCAAUGUGAAGGACAAGAAAACCAGCAGCUCAGCUGGAGCUGUUCCGCAACGACCAUUAAUUCCUUACCACAUAAUCAUCACCACUGGAAGCGAGUUUGAUUCCAGCACGGACAGUCGGGUUUUUGUCAUAAUUUCGGGUCCUCAGAAACUUACGACAGGCCGGCUAUGGCUGGAUCUCCCAGAAGACAAGGAUGAAUUUGCAGAUGCAUCUGUGGAGAAAUUCUCUGCGAUGGGAGUGGAUGUUGAAGAAGUCAAAAAAGUGGAGGUGGGUCAUGACGGGGCCACACCAGAAAGUUCGUGGCUCUUGGGUGAAGUCUCCAUCAUUGUGCCCACCAAAGGCGUCAUGUACACCUUUGUCUGCAAAUGCUGGCUGGCCAGAGACAUGGGUGAUGGACUUACCUCGCGCGUCUUCAACAUCCUGGAUGCCGACUGCGUCAACAUUGGACUGAAGAUUCUCUACAACGUGACUGUUGUGACUGGAGAUAUCUCAUAUGCCGGUACCGAUGCUGGUAUCUUUAUUACCCUCUUUGGAUCCGACGGGUGCUCAGAAGAGAUGCAGCUGGAAAAAAACGGAGACAGAUUUGAGAUCGGCCAAAGGGACACUUUCAUGAUGGAGAUCCCGGACAUUGCGCCGUUUCGGAAGAUGAGGAUACGGAGUGAUGGCGAAGGGUGUCGCCCGGAUUGGUUUCUGGAACAGAUCAUCAUGAGGAAUCUGACUAAUCAAGAGGUGACCACGUUCACAUACAAUGACUGGCUCUCAACGCAGUGGGGCGACAAUCUCACGCUGGAGUGGGAGAUGCCGGCAGUGAUCAACGGAGAGCAGAUGAUGGAAUACACAACAUACACCGUUCAGGUUAAAACUAGCGACAUUGGAGGGGCUGGAACAGAUGCCAAUGUAUUCAUGGCCAUCUUUGGGGAAAACGGCGACACCGGGACAUUGGCUAUGAAGGAAUCAAACAGGAACAACAAGUUUGAAAGGGACCAGUUGGAUGUUUUCUAUUUCUCUGAUGUGCUCAGUCUUGGCGACCUCUGCAAGGUGCGCAUCUGGCACGACAACAAAGGAAUUGGCCCUGGCUGGCACCUGGAAUACAUUGACGUGGAAGACUCUCUCAUCGAUAAGAUAUUCCGCUUCCAGUGUGACCGCUGGCUGGCGAAGGGUGAAGACGACGGGCAACUCAUACGAGAACUGGCUUGUGCCAAUAACGACAUCCUGGAACUGAAGGAACGUACCACUUAUGAGAUUGUGACCAUCACCAGCGAUACAGCAGAUGCUGAAACCAAGGAAAAUGUCUCGCUUAUUUUCGAGGGGAAAAUUGGACGUUCCAAAGAGUUCCUGCUGGAGAAUUCGUCCAAAAAGAGGAGGUUUCUCAGAGGAGCAACAGAUGUAUUCGAGUUUUCUUCCAAGAAUGUUGGCGACAUCGCAGCCAUCUGUGUUGGUCACUGUCCAAAAGAUAGAAAGAAAUCGAGCGUAAAAGCAGAUGUCUUCUGGCACGUCGCAGAGAUCGUCGUUACAGAGAUGGAGCUUUGCAACAAGUAUUUUUUCAGGUGCAAUGCAAAAAUCCCAUUGCACGGAGGAAAGAAGGGAAACCACAAAGUCAUUGAGUGUGCCAAGGUCAUCGAGAGCUUUGCCAGCAAAGCCCGGAGUUUGGUGCCAGUCAAAUACGAGGUGAUUGUCGUGACAGGGUUUGAGAAGGGAGCCGGCACAGAUGCCAACGUCCUCCUUACCAUCUUCGGAGCGAACGGGGAUUCGGGCAAACGGGCCCUCAAGCAGAAGUACCGCAACCUCUUCGAACGGGGCCAAACGGAUCGGUUUUACCUGGAAAUCCUCGAACUCGGGGAGCUGAAGAAAGUUCGGGUUGAGCACGACAGCAGCGGGAUAUCGGCCGGAUGGCUGGUCGAGCGUGUGGAGAUCACCAACUCGGCGACUGGCGUGACCACAAACUUCCCCUGUGGGAAGUGGCUGGACCGUGAAAGAGGUGAUGGGUUAACAUGGAGAGAGUUGUUUCCGAGGAAUUGA